AUGGGUGGAGGCCACACUGGAGGCGCAAGCCCUUACGCUGCGAAACAUCGUCAAGCACUGCAGGGCCAGUCAGGAUGGGCUGGACUUGUGCACAAUCGCAGAAUUUUCGCCAAUGCAGUCUUCGCUUCUCUGGGUGGUUUGCUCUAUGGUUAUAACCAGGGUGUAUUUUCCGGCGUCUUGAGCAUGUAUUCAUUCAACCAGCGCAUGGGGUCCGCCGUCAGCAAUCCUGGAACGAAGGGCUGGCUUGUAUCUAUUCUGGAACUCGGAGCUUGGGUCGGUGUACUCUCUACGGGGUACUUGGCUGACAAGAUCUCCCGCAAAUAUACCAUCAUGCUUGCUGUCGGUGUUUUCUGUGUCGGUGUCGCCGUCCAAACCGCGGCAUUCCAGCCCUCAUCAAUAUAUGGCGGGCGUUUCAUCACUGGUCUUGGUGUCGGAUCGCUCAGUAUGGCGGUUCCUCUGUACAACGCCGAACUUUCUCCCCCUGAAGUCCGCGGCAGUUUGGUUGCCCUGCAGCAAUUUGCUAUCACCUUCGGUAUUUUGAUCUCCUUCUGGAUCGACUAUGGUACCAACUACAUCGGUGGUACCGGAAGCGGGCAGAGCGAAAUUGCAUGGCGAGUUCCAUUGGCCAUGCAGCUUGUUCCUGCUAUCAUUCUAGGCGUUGGUGUAAUUUUCAUGCCUUUCUCUCCAAGAUGGCUUGUUAACCAAGGCCGUGAUGAAGAGGCUGUCGCCGUUCUUAGUAGGGCUCGCCGCCUUCCUCCGGACUCUGACCUCGUUCAAAUCGAGUUCUUGGAAAUCAAGGCCCAGUACCUCUUUGAAAAGGAAUUGAAUGCUUUGAAGUUCCCUCAAUUCCAAGAUGGGUCGUUCUCAUCGAAUUUCAAGCUCGGUCUUCAUGCCUAUAUGAGCUUAGUCACCUCGCGCACUCUCUUGUACCGUGUCACUGUUGGCUCAAUGACCAUGUUCUUCCAGCAAUGGACUGGCGUUAACGCCAUCUUGUACUACGCACCCAGCAUUUUCAGUGACUUGGGCAUGACGGGUAGCACAACUAGCCUCCUUGCUACGGGUGUCGUCGGUGUUGUCCCAAUUAGCAUGUUCCUCGCAACUAUCCCUGCCGUUAUUUGGAUCGACAAGGUCGGCCGUAAGCCAGUCUUGAUCUCUGGUGCUUUCAUCAUGGCUGCAUGCCAUCUCAUUGUUGCGGUACUGACCGCAUUGUACCACAAUUCUUGGUCAUCACACCCUACCGCUGGUUGGGUGGCUUGUAUUUGCGUUUGGGUAUUUUCCGUCGCCUUUGGUUACAGUUGGGGUCCGUGCAGCUGGAUCCUCGUUGCUGAGAUUUGGCCGUUGAGUAUACGUGGCAAGGGUAUCUCUAUUGCUUCAUCGGCCAAUUGGAUGAACAAUUUCAUUGUCGGUCAAGUAACGCCAUCAAUGCUGACUCAUAUUGGCUUUGGGACAUUUGUAUUUUUCGGCACCUUCGCCCUCCUCGGCGGCUUCUUUAUCAUGUUCUUCGUACCCGAGACCAAGGGCCUCACUUUGGAAGAGAUGGACGACGUGUUCGGAGACCGUGACGGUCUCGCUGUUGCGGAUCAACAGCGCCAAAACGCCAUCGCGGACCGUAUUGGCUUGACUGCGUUUGGCCGGAACAAGCGCGGAUCCGAUAACGAAAAGAGCAGUCACGAGCUCUUCGACGAUGAGGGAAAAGCUUAA